AUUGGAGUUGAACGAACGUAGCAACACGCCAACACCUGUUAUUCUGCGUUCAGAUUGAGUUAAACACACGAUAGUUUGAAACACAUUAGCGAAGAUCCCAAUUCCCACGAAAGAGAGAAACACAGAAAAAGAGAGAAGAAAAUAUGAAGAAAUUAAACUUGUGUUUGAUUUGGUUGAUUUGGGCAACUAAUUUUUGGCAAUUGGGUUCAUCAAUUUGGCUAAAUCUACCUGCUUCUGGCUCUAAAUGUGUUUCUGAAGAAAUUCAGACCAACGUCGUUGUUUUAGCAGAUUACUAUGUUAUUUCCGAUGAUCAUACAUCUCAUGAACCCACCAUUUUUGUCAAGGUAACAUCACCGUAUGGCAACGAUCUUCACUCCAAGGAAAAUGUUACACAUGGCCAAUUUGCAUUUACUACCCAUGAGGCUGGUAACUAUUUGGCUUGUUUCUCGGUGGUUGGUCAUAAUCCAAAAGGCUCAGAAGUGAGUGUCAAUCUUGACUGGAGAACUGGAGUUGCUGCAAAGGAUUGGGAAUCAGUUGCAAGGAAAGAGCACAUUGAGGGUGUUGAGCUCGAGCUAAGGAAACUUGAGGCAGCAGUGGAAGCCAUUCACGAGAAUCUACUGUAUCUGAAAAACAGGGAAGCCGAAAUGAGGAUAGUGAGUGAAAAGACCAAUACCAGGGUAGCAAUGUUCAGUAUAAUGUCUUUAGCAGUUUGCAUUACAGUUUCUGGCUUCCAAUUAUUGUACUUGAAGCGUUACUUUCAAAAGAAGAAGCUUAUCUAGAUUUUUACACUGUAGAAGAUUAUGUUAAGAGGAACAUAGUUUUGAAACAUCCUAAUUUAAAUUUUGGUGAAAAUAGCAUCAUGUUUCUGAUGCGACGAGUACCCUCUGUCCUCUUACUGUAUGUUACACUUAUCCCUUUCUCAUGUUCCAUUCCAUUUUUCAAUUUAAAGAGAUUUUUACGUUGUAGAGGAUGAUAUUAAAAGGAAUUGUAUUGAAUAAUCCUAGUAUAUUAAUUUGGAAAAAUUAACAACAAUAAGCUGAACUUUGGGUGGUUUUCCAAUAUUACGUUUAACUUUAAUUAAUUCAAAAAUAAGCCAAACUUUAUGGUUACUCUUUCAAUAUUAAGUCAUGACUUGUUAUAUGGGUUAACAACGGGUAAUAUUCCAUGUGUCAAAUGUUAUUGGUGAGAUUUGUUUCAAUUAAUUUUUUUAAAAAAGUGUAAUUAAAUUAUAUCCAAAUUAAAAGCUAACUAACACACAAUUAACUAAUUAAAAAAACUGAAUAAUGAAAAAAAAAAAAAAAAAAA